UCGUAUAUUUCGAUAAACUUCGACACUCGCCUAUAUUUAAGCUCGCACAUUAGCAGGUUCGCAUUCUUGAUGACAUCGUCGAAGCGAACAUUUCGUUAAAAAAUAUUGAAGAAUUGAUUAAAAGACUUUAUUAUUUAUUUAUUUUUUUUUCCAUUCACGGAUAUUCUGUUCCGUGUUUGUUUAUAUGUAUAUUCGAUCUUUGUAUAGAAAAUUUAAAGAAUAAACAAAUAAAACACAAUGUCUUGGUUAAUGUUAGAGACUGUUGGUCUAAUCGCCACUAUAUUUUUCCUAUUGUAUUAUUAUUCUAUGUCAAGAAUGGAUUAUUGGCGAAAACGUGGCGUCAAAGGUCCAAAGCCUCUUCCGUUUCUCGGUAAUUUCAAAGAUGUGCUCCUGGCAAAAGAAUCGACCAUGGAUUGUUUCGAAAGGGCAUACAAGAAAUUCAAGGAUGAGCCAGUGAUUGGAAUAUAUGGAGGUCAUGAACCGUUGUUAAUUUUAAGAGAUUUGGAUUUAAUAAAAGACGUUCUUAUUAAAGAUUUCAACAAGUUCGCCCAAAGAACUCAUGGUGCUAUACGAGAAGUUGAACCAUUAUCCGAACAACUUUUUCGACUGGAUGCAGAAAGAUGGAGACCUUUAAGACUCAAACUUUCAUCUUUCUUUUCGUCAGGAAAAUUGAAGGAAAUGUUCCACUUAUUCGUAGAAUGUUCCAAUAAUUUUGAGAAGUAUUUGGAAAAAAUGGUAGAGAAAGGAGAACCGGUCGAGUGUCGUGACGCUGCAGCAAAAUUUACCACUGACGUGAUCGGUGCUUGUGCCUUCAGUAUUCAUACGAAUGCACUUACAGAUGAGAAUAGCCAAUUUCGCAAGAUGGGUAAACAAGCUCUCGCUACAAACCUCCAACAAUUUCUCAACGAUAGAUUGAGGGAAUAUCCCUUCCUAUUUAGAAUCUUUGGACGGUUCUUCGUUGAUCACGAGGUCACUAAUUUCUUCGUAAAUGCCAUAAAAGAUGCCAUGGAUUAUAGAAUCCAGAACAAUGUGUAUUUACGAGAUGUCAUUGAUAUUCUGGCAGAUGUUAGGGAAAAUCCAACGAAUUGCAGUCUUAAAGAAGCGGACAAUUUAUUCCUGACAUCACAGGCUGUUCUUUUCUUCCUUGCUGGCUUCGAAAAUUCUUCAUUAACGAUCAGCAAUGCUUUGUACGAGCUGGCAUGGAAGCCAGAGAUUCAAGAGAAAGCUCGCACGGAAAUAGUGAAUGUUUUACAAAAAUAUGACGGAAAAAUCACGUACGAUGGUUUGGAAGAAAUGAAAUAUUUGGAAGCGUGUAUUUUUGAAACAUUGAGAAUGUAUCCAGUACUGCAAUGGUUGUCAAGAGAAGCGAUGGAAACUUACACGUUUACAGGAACAAAAGUUACCAUUCCAAAGGGCCAACAAGUCUUCUUGCCUGUCUAUGCGAUACAAAGAGACCCGGAUAUUUAUCCAAAUCCUGAUAACUUUGAUCCUGAAAGAUUCACGGAUGACAAAAUUAAAACUAGACACUCAAUGACCCUUUUACCAUUUGGAGAUGGCCCAAGACAUUGUAGUGGAAUAAGAUUGGCAAAGAAGCAAUUAAAGGUAGGAUUAGCCACAGUUUUAUCAAAAUUCAAAGUUGAAGUAUGCGAGAAAACUCAUAAAAUAUAUCAAAAAGACAAGAAACCACUAUUUCUUCUUCAACCUGUUGACGGUAUACAUCUGAAAAUAUCAAAAGUUUCAGUAUAAGAACAAGAAAAAAAAUAAGAUAAGUAUAAUAUCUUCCUUUUUUCUUUUUAUCCUGUAUCAUUUAUGAUUAUUUACUACACGAUUAUUGCUCAAAAAUUGAUUGAAUAAAACAUCAAUCUCACAGCUAUAUGUUGCUGUUCAAAAUGGUACAUAAAAUACAAAAGUGUGCAUGAAUAUUGAUUCGUGAUAAAUAAUGAUAAAUAAAAAAAAAAUUGAAUCAAAAAAUAAAUUCUUUUAUAUUUAUUAUCGAUGCUAGAAAGAAAUUAUAAUGCUAGAUGAUAAUGUUAUGAAAAUAACGCUAAAUUAAUAUAAAUAAUAAAUUAAUAAAUAAAAUUGUUUUAUAUAUAU